CAGGCCUGUUCCACUUUCGUCUCUCGUGCUGAACUCGGAAAUUGUAAAAUUACAGAUGUUUUCCAAUGUCUGAGUCGAUAUCUUUGGUAGUCUUACGACUCGAAAUCGAGACUGGAUUUCCCCUCACCACAGAUUUGGAGUAUAGAGCACCAGAUUUUGAAGUAUUUGGUGAGAGGGAGGUAGCAAAACUCAGAACCAGCUACGCUGAAGCAGCUUGCAGUUCCAAAAAGGAUUUUUCACAAGACCUGCUGAUUCAGAAGUGCAGAGGAGAGAGGAUAUUGACAGAUCUGACAAUAGAGACUUAUUUAAAUGACAUGAAUAACCAAGCAGAUAAAAACUGGAACCCUCCCAUGGAAAAGAACAAUUCAGAAACUAAACCGAAGAACCCAGAAAUUGGUGCAUUUUCGCGGGAAGGCUCUAUAACAUCUAAUGCCUCAACGUCCAGUGGAGAAAAAGCAGCAUCAAAGGAGGUGUGUUUCCAGCCUAUUGAUGAUAGCGAUGACAGCCCCAUGCCAAGUCAGAGGGGGGAAAGGCCACACAGUGGGGGAAGGAUGAAGAGCAGUCCCCAUGAUUCCCCCACAAUACAAUUCUUCUCUGGAAACCCUAUGGUUGAGAGGACAUGUGGGAUCUUACAUCUGUACAAAGACAAUAAGAAGACAUCAUUGAAGGAUGAAGUUCCUAGAAGUGAACUGAUUUGUAUGUUAGCUGUGCCAGCUGCAUACACCAUCCAUGAUCUGGUUAAAUUCACUGCCCCUGUGGUUGAGGGCAUUGAGUACAUGAGAAUUAUCAGAGAUUCCACUCCUAACCAGUAUAUGGUUCUAAUUAAGUUCCACAAUCAGAGACUGGCUGAUGAAUUCUUUAAUACCUACAACAAUGUGUCCUUCAACUCCAUAGAACCAGACAUUUGUCAGCUCAUCUAUGUAGCCAAGGUGGAAGUCAUGAAGGACUCAGAGGGAGCUUGUUUACCUGUGGCUGGUUUGACAGAGCUACCCAAUUGUCCUGUGUGUCUGGACAGAAUGGAUGAAUCUGUGGAUGGCACCCCAGUAUUAACAAUUUUGUGCAAUCACACAUUUCAUGUAAACUGUCUAGCAAAAUGGGGUGACACCAGUUGUCCAGUUUGCCGGUACUGCCAGACACCCGAGGAAACAGCUGACCAGCGGUGUAUGACCUGUGGUUCUCAGGAGAGUUUAUGGAUUUGCUUGAUUUGUGGGAACAUUGGAUGUGGAAGAUAUGUUGACCUACAUGCAUACAAACACUUUCAAGAAACACAGCACACGUAUGCCAUGCAGUUAGGUAACAGUCGAGUGUGGGAUUAUGUUGGGGAUAAUUUUGUUCAUCGUUUGGUUCAGAGUAAAGGUGAUGGUAAACUGGUAGCUGUGGAGGACCAGCAAAGCUCAGAAAUGGAUGGCAAGGCUGAUUCCCUUUCACUAGAGUACACGUAUCUCUUGACAAGUCAACUUGAACAACAACGGAAAUAUUUUGAGCAGAAAAUGGCACAAGUGGAGAAGAGUGCUCAAGAAAGAGCUGACAUCUUAGAUGUGAAAUAUAAAGCCGCUACAGAAGAUUUAGAGAAAGUAAAAGUUGAACAACAAGCUUUAAAUAAGGAGAAACAAGCUGUGGAAAAAAAGUGUUCACAUCUCCACAGUCGACUGACUUCAGCUCUGAAGGAUCUACAAGAGGAAAAACAAAUGAACAAGUGUCUGUUAGAGAACCAGCAGGUCUGGCAGAAAAAGGUCACAAUGUUAGAGAGUCAGGUCCAGGACCUCUCACAAAACAAGGAGCAGGAAAUUCAGGAGUUGAGGGACCAGUUACGAGAUGUGAUGUUUUACAUGGAAGCUCAACAGAAGUUGUCUGAGACUUCAGAAGUUUCCCAGACAGAACUAGAACAGAGUCAUGUCAUUGUCGGUGCUUCUGGAAACAGUCCCUCCCCUCGCUCCAAAAAAGGCAGGAAAAAGGAAAGGUGAAGCAGGUGCCCACCAAAGAAAAACAAGUCCUUCAUUUUCCUGCAAUAUUUCUCUGUGAUGUGAUGCCAUUGCAAUAUUUCUCUGUGAUGCCCUUACUGAAAAAAAAAAUAUCUCAAGGAGCAGAAUCUUUCUACCAUUUUUCUGUAGACUGUGCAGAAAUUGCUUCAUAUACUGUACAUGUAUGAUAACACAGGGAGCAGAUUUUAUUUGAAUUGUUCAAGCUUGAGGUUACUUUUUAUUGCUGAUUACUGAUCAAAGAUUUGAGAAUCAGAACACUUUUUGUCCACUAGACAGCUUUGUUGUCGUUUUUAUUUCUGUAUGUCAGUAUUUGAAUUGUACAUCAGUGUAGUAUUUUAUUGCAAGACUGUUUGCCUGGAGCAAAGAGAUAUCCUGCCAAAUAGAGUCUGUGAUUGAUAUGAUUAAAAAAAAAUCAUCUUUGU